CUGGCGCUGUCACGUGACAGAAACCCCGCCCCCCCCCCAGGCGGCGGAGACGUUGGACGUCACUUCCGUCCAGGCCGGAACUCAAGAUGGCUGCGCUCUUGUCGAGACAUGUUGGCCGUCAUUGCCUCCGUGCCCACCUUAGUCCUCAGCUCUGUAUCAGAAAUGCUGUUCCUUUGGGAACCACAGCCAAGGAAGAGAUGGAGAGGUUCUGGAAUAAGAACACUGAUUUAAACCGUCCUCUGUCUCCCCAUAUCACUAUCUACAGUUGGUCUCUUCCCAUGGCAAUGUCCAUUUGCCACCGUGGUACUGGUGUGGCCUUGAGUGCAGGGGUCUCUCUUUUUGGCUUGUCUGCCCUGUUGGUCCCUGGAAACUUUGAGUCUCAUUUGGAACUUGUGAAGUCCCUGUGCCUGGGACCAUCUCUGAUCUACACAGCCAAGUUUGCACUUGUCUUCCCUCUCAUGUAUCACACCUGGAAUGGGAUCCGACAUUUGAUAUGGGACCUAGGGAAAGGCCUGAAGAUUCCCCAGCUGUACCAGUCUGGAGUGGCUGUCUUGGUUCUUACUGUGUUGUCCUCUGUAGGGCUGGCAGCCAUGUAAAGAGCUGGAGUUCCCAGCAUUGUCUUCCCAUAAAUGAUUCACUGACCUAUCUUCCUGUUUGUCACUCUCUUCUCCAGCCAAGGCAAAAUUCUCCUGAUUUAUUUAGACCCUUUUGUGCUUGCAUAUUCCCUUGGAGCUUAGGGAAACAGUACCUAAUAGAACUAUAGCAGCGGGAAAGGGUCCAGUUUUGCUCCCUUGUUUCUGAAGAUGGAAUGACUCAAAACUUCCCUUUUCCUGCCCCUAGCUUGCAGCCUACUCUGGGCCUCGAAGCCCUCAUUUUCUCUCCAUAUUGGGCCUUGAUUUGUGCUGACAGUCAGCUUUUGGCUCCUUCUUCCUGUGACAGUGGAAACAAUGCCAGCUCUGUGGCCUCUGCCGUGGGGACUGGGAGUGGGGCUGUGGGUGCCACUGCCUGUGGGUUGCUAGCUUAAAGGACAGUUCUGUUCAUUGGUCAGGGUCUUCAGCACCCACACAGUGUGGCUGAAAGAAGAGGGAUGGGGGUGGAGGGGAAUGACCCUGUCCCAGCUAGAGGGAGAUCAGGAGGGUCAGUUGACUCUUAAAGCAGGUUUGGGGAGAAGAUAUAUAGCUUUUAGAGCAAAGGGAAGAUCCAGAAAAUUACAUUGAAUCUAUUAAGGGUUAUUUUUUCCCCCUGCAUUUCUGGAAAAACAAGGCUCUUUUCUAAUCCAAAUUCAUGUGACAUCUGUUUCUGAAACUGAAUUAAAAUACUCAUUUUGUCUUUGA